GGUGCUUUUGCUUUCGAAAUGAGUCAUUUGCUGGAAGUGUCUCGGUUGCGAUCGCACUGAAAAGCACCGCUCAGCAGUCCGACGACGACUUGCAGCAAGCAAGGAGCCCACAAGGUUGAUAGCACGGUGCCAAACCAAGGAUGACACUCACAAUGGCGGAGCCAAUGUGCCUCAUUGAAAAUGGCAACGACGGCAAACUACAGGUCAUCCCACAGGCUCUUAAGGCCUUGGCGCAGAUUGACCAGCGUGUUGUGGUGGUUGCAGUGGUAGGACUGUACCGCACUGGCAAGUCUUACCUUAUGAACAAGCUGGCUGGCAAGAGGAAAGGAUUUGCCCUGGGAGCCACCGUACAGUCCAAGACCAAAGGCAUCUGGAUGUGGUGUGUGCCUCACCCAGUGAAAGAGGGCCACACUCUGGUGCUGCUGGAUACCGAGGGUCUAGGAGAUGUGGAGAAGGGAGAUGCAAAAAAUGACAUCUGGAUAUUUUCACUUGCUGUACUGUUAAGCAGCACGUUAGUGUAUAACAGUAUGGGAACCAUUGACAAUGAUGCAAUACAACGACUGCACUAUGUGACAGAGUUGACAGAGCACAUAAAGGUGAAGUCAAAGGCAGACAAUGAGGAUGAAUCCAUUGAGUUUGUCCGAAUCUUUCCUUCCUUUGUAUGGACCGUCCGAGAUUUCACCCUCACCUUGGAAUUUGAUGGAAAGCCAGUCACUGCUGAUGAGUACCUGGACAAAUCUCUGCAGCUAAAAAAUGGACAUUCAAAAAAAGUCCAGGAAUACAACAUGCCCCGCAGCUGCUUGCGAAAUUUUUUCCCCAGCCGGAAGUGCUUUGUGUUUGAACGCCCAGCAGCAACGGAGAAAAUGAAAGAGCUAAGUGAGCUGAGCGAUCGGGAGUUAGAGCCCUCCUUUGUGGAGCAGGCUAAUGAAUUCUGCGAUUACAUUUACAACAAGGCUGAAAUCAAAACUUUGAAAGGGGGGAUCCCUGUGACUGGCAGAUUGCUGGGGAACCUGGCCAAGGUGUAUGUAGACACAAUCUGCAGCAACCAGGUGCCUUGCCUGGAGAAUGCAGUCCAGGCCCUGUCUCAGAUUGAGAAUGCCAAUGCGGUGCAACGGGCUGUGGCUCACUAUAGAGCCAAAAUGGGAGAGUGGGUUGUCUUCCCAACGGAAACUCAGGAAGAGCUCUCCCAGAUUCAUGGUACAAUGGUGAAAGAGGCGCUGAAGAUCUUCAUUGAAAACUCCUUCAAGGACGAGGAUCAGAAGCACCAACUUGAGCUCAUGAAAGUUCUGCAGAAAGAGUAUGAGGCUAUUUGUGACAAGAACAUACAGGAGUCCAAGAAGGUCUGUCAGUCAAUCAUCAAACGUGUGUUCCAACCUCUGGAGGACAGACUCAGUUCUGGGUCUUACAUGUCUCCUGGAGGGUAUAGGAAAUACAGCCAAGACAUCCAGAAUUACAUCAGGAAGUACAGAUCAGAGCAUGGACGAGGAGUGAUGGCUGAGGAAACACUGAAGGAAUACUUGGAAGGGAAAAAGAAAACUGGAGAAACGAUAUUAGCUGCUGACCAGUCCCUGACUGAAGCAGAACACCAAAUGGAAGUGGAGCGAGCACGCACUCGUGCCCUUGAGCAAGAGAAGCAAGCUGCCAAGGAGAAGGCUGAGAUCUACGAGAGAAUGAUGAAGGACCAGCAGCACACCUACAAUGAGAAUGUGGAGCAGCUGUUGAAGAAGAUGGAGGAGGAGCGGAUAAGUGCCAUGAGAGAGCAUGAAAGGGUCGUAGAAGCAAAACUAAAGGAGCAACAUGACCUCUUGAAGGAGGGCUUUAAAGAGAAAGCAGAACUUUUACAAAAAGAAAUUGAUGGUCUUAAUCGGCAGAGGGAGAAGGAGCAGGUUGAGUCUCCUUCAUUAUUUUCCACCAUUCUGGAUAAUGUGGGACAAGCUGCAAGUCUCUUCUUACCAGGGAUUCUUCCAAAAGUUGGCGGAAUGGCUGUGUCCUAUAUGUCACGCUUCUUUAAAUGAUGGUACCAGACAGAUCACAGGUGAAAGAUGAUAUGAUGAGAUAUAGCAGACUUAAAAGACAUCUCUAGCCUUAAAGUUAUACAGUCAACAUUUUUCUUCAAUUUCUUACUUGAGAAACAGAAACAUUUACGUUAACUCUUACUCUAACUUCUUUUAGACUGAUGUAUGCAGUGUGAAGCACAACAAAUUUCUCAUCAUUAGCGAGUGAAGGAUCGACUUGAUGGACACAACAGAAAAACGUUUGUAUGUAUAAUUUCAAACGUAAUCAUUUCUGUAGUAAUUCAUACUUGACCAGGAUGUGUACAUGGGUCAAAGUGCUCAAAAUGAAUACCAUUUCAAAAAUGUUGCAACAAGUUUCUCUUCACAGCUGUUGUACAAAUGGUUGGACAGCAAGAGAUUUCUUAAAGCAAACCUUUUAAUAAUGGCCCACAUCAGCAGAAGAUUUUCUAUUUGACACAUUCUCUUUGCAUGAUGAGUGAGAAACAACAAUUAAGUGUUAUAUCAUGAGCACAUUGACGGUAUGACGGUAACAUGACAGAAAAUCGCAAGCUCACUGAGAUCUUAGCCCAAGAGACAUCACUACCUCUAGCCCUACAAUUCAUACCAAAAAAAGGCUGUGGAAAUGUGUCCUUUAAAACACUGAACUAUUGACAUCCACCCUGUGAAAACUGUAUAUCCUGUAGUUUGUAUUAAGAAGAUGAGGAAAAGUGGUAAUGAGAUGUUCAGUCACAUGAUGAGGCUCCAAUAAUAAAUGAAAUAAGGUGGGCAUUGAGCAUCGUGUCCUGCUACUUUUUUGUUUUCACCACAGCAGCUGUGGUCUAGUAUUGUUUUAGGCUCCAGUAAUUACCUGAUGCAUUCAUCAUUCCUCCAGGCUUAAAUUAAGAUACUUUCACUUAGAUAUUUCUAACUUUUUCUGCCAUUUCUGCAGAUAGAUAUUCCAUUAGCUGUAUCCAGAGAAAUUAUUUAUGAGUGACAAGAACCAACUUCCAU